AUGUCAGAGGCAGACUUAGUUAACAAGGUCCGAGAUGGAUUAAAGUACAGGUAUUUGGUUGUGGUGGAUGAUGUUUGGGAGGGAGAACAUUGGGACAAUCUGAAGGGUGCUUUCCCAGACAACAACAAUGGUAGUCGGGUGAUAAUAACUACUCGAGAAGUGCGUGUUGCCAAAUAUGUUUCACCAAAGUGUGAACCCUACCAAUUGCGAUUUAUGAAGCCAGAAGAGGCUGAAGAAUUACUAAGGAUGAAGGUUUUUGAAGAAAAUAAAUGUCCAGAGGAACUGAAACCCAUUGAAAGGUUGAUUCUGGAAAAGUGUGAUGGGCUACCACUAGCAAUAGUGGUGACAGGAGGUAUCCUUAAAGCCAAUCCAAAAGAUGCAAAUUGGUGGAAGGAUGUGCUUGAUGAAGUUCCUCCAUUAGUUGAUAAAAAAAGAGUGGAACGGAUUGAUCGUUACAUAAGACUAAGCUAUGAUAAAUUGCAUCACGAGGUCAAACCGUGUUUUCUCUACCUUGGUGUCUUCCCUGAGAAUUUGGAGAUCCAAGUCUGGAAAGUGUUACAAUUGUGGAUCGCUGAAGGGUUUAUUCCCCAACACGAGACAGCAAGUCUGGAGAGAAUGGCAGAGCAAUAUUUCGGGGAGUUGGUUGAUAGGAAUUUAUUGAUUGUGGGAAAGAGAACUUUGAGUGGUAAGAUAAAGACUUGUCGCAUCCAUGACACGCUGCGUGACUUCUGCAAGAAGACGGCCAAAGUAGAAGAUCUUUUCCAAGCAAUUCACAAGAAUACCAAUCCAUCUUCCAGCCGUCGACUUUGUUGCAUUAACGCUCAAUUUUCGGAGUAUAUUCUUGGAGGACAACCUGCUGAUAAAGUUCGAUCAUUCUUGAGUUUUGGUCAGGAUGACACUAAGUAUAACGAGGAUCCCAGCUCAAACUAA